AUGACGACACUAUUUGCAAAGUUCAAAGACGCCCAAUUCAGCGGCUCGGGUUCAGCGUUGGCCGAUGUGAUUACGCCUAUUGAUACCCCCGCUGACCCUGAUCGACUGUACUCUUUCUACCACUUUACCAAUUCCACAAAUGCUACUUUAGACAUCCGAUAUGCCCUUCUUGAUGAUCGGUCCACAGGCACAAAGCUCCCUAAACUUGAAGCAAAUGCCUGGACCGAUAUAUUUGUGGCCUUUUGGAAGACAGCCGGAGAGCUUGUGAAAUUCGAAGAAAAUCGCAACAAAGCGUCCUGGAACCGUGUUUUUGUUUGCUGGAAAGAAGUGGCCAGUCUGGUAAUCAAGGGUUACUCCAGCUGCGGGUUUCAAGCUUGGACACUACCAUGUCUAUAUGUUACGGGUAGAUAUCUUCGGAUAUUUGCCAUCAAGGCCGAUGCACAGACCGAAGCAAACCCCGAGGCCUCGAAAGGUGAUUUCCAGGAAGAUGUGGUCUCGGAUGUGCAUAAGCAUAAAAAUUUGGAAGAAGCAUCGCGGAUCAUCAAUCGGAUGUUUACGCUCUGCCUUCAUGACAGGGCGCCAAUUGAGGAGUCUCGUAAAUGGGGAGUUUAUAACACCGUCAAUCUGUCUUUCAAGACAUAUUUUAAGCUUGGCACCGUGUCGUCUUGUAAGAGUUUGCUGCACGCGAUGGAUGCCUCGCAAGCCGAUAUGCCCCCGCUUACAGCAUUCCCUAAAUCCCAUAUUGUCACAUUCAAAUACUACCUUGGAGUAAUAUUUUUCUUAGAGGAAGCUUACAAAGAGGCGGAGGAACAUCUGACGUAUGCCUGGAACCUAUGCCACAAAGAUGCUGUGAAGAAUAAAGAGUUUAUCCUUACCUAUCUCAUACCAUGUCACCUCGUUACAACCCACACUCUACCCUCGAAGCGCCUUCUAGCACCUUUUCCUCGCCUAGAAGCAUUAUUCCGUCCACUCUGUGAGUGCAUUCGAAAGGGAGACCUUCCGGGUUUCGACGCUGCCAUCGCAGCUGGUGGCGACGCAUUUACCAAACGGAUGAUUUAUCUCCCACUAGAAAGAGGGCGUGAUAUAGCGGUGCGCAACUUGUUCAGAAAAGUGUUCAUUGCCGGUGGUUUUGACCCGCCUACGCCUGGUAUGCCACCAAUUAGGAGAACGCGUGUGCCUGUCAUAGAAUUUGUGGCAGCCAUACGACUGAGGACACACUCUGUGGGAAGCCUAUCGAAAGAUGAUGCGAAGGAAAGCGAAGGGGAAGAGAAACUUACGCCGAACAAGCUAAGGGCAGAAAUCGAUCAGGUCGAAUGUUAUUUGUCGAAUCUAAUAUACAAGAACCUGAUGAAAGGAUACAUAGCUCGAGACCGUGGUAUUAUUGUUCUCAGCAAGGGAGGUAUUGCUUUCCCAGGAACAGGUGUAUGAGUUGGCAUUUUCGUCCCAAGUUUUCUGAAGCAGCUUCCUUGGUGUGCCCUCAAGAGCAGACAUGAUUUGUCUAUGUCCAAAAUGGAGGUCCGCAUUAUGAGCUCAUGAUAGAUAUAUCAGAAUCUUUCACGUACC